UGUAGUGCCAGUCACAGUGGGAGGAAGACAUUUAGUGAGAAACCUCUCCGUUGAACAGUAUGACUGGGACACACCAUUGCCAGCUUCAAAACAAGAACACUGGAAACUCUGGAAAGACUCUAUGAAAGACUUAGAUCAGCUCCAGAUUCCAAGACUAUAUGUUCCAGUGUCUUUGUCCACACAGACUCAGCACAGAGAGUUGUGCGUGUUUUCAGAUGCAUCAGUCAUGGCUAUAGCUGCUGUGGCUUACUUGAAAACAAUUUCUGCAACAGGAGAGAUCCAUGUGGGAUUUGUUAUGGCAAAGGCAAAGCUGGCCCCACACCCAGCGCACACCGUGCCACGUCUUGAGCUCUGUGCUGCGGUUUUGGCAGCUGAAAUGGCGGUCUUCAUCCAAGAUGAAAUGGAUAUUGACAUUCAUUCUGUGACGUACUAUACUGACAGCAAAAUAGUACUGGGUUACAUAUAUAACACCUCACGCAGGUUUUAUGUCUAUGUGUCAAACAGGAUAGCACAGAUCAGAAAGUCGUCUCGUCCAGAUCAGUGGCAUUACAUCACCACUGAAGAAAACCCGGCAGACCAUGGAACUCGGCCAACAACUGCUGCAGCUCUCAAAAGCACCAAUUGGUUCACUGGACCAUCAUUUCUAUUGGGCCCUUCACAAGGACUCCUUCCCCAGAGUGAUGACUUUGAGCUGAUACAUCCGGAGGUGGAUCCAGAAGUUCGCCCUGAAGUAACGACUUUCAGCACAAUGGUUAAAAAAAGCUCGCUUGGAGCUCAAAGGUUUCUUACAUUUUCCACUUGGAGAGCUUUGACUCGUGCAGUCUCCACACUAAUCAAAAAGGCAAGGAGUGUUGCAGAUACACAUGGUGGCAACACUGGAAAUGAAGAUGAACAAGCAGUAACAGUGAUCAUUAAGACUGCACAACAAGAUGCCUUUGGAAGGGAGUUGCAGUGUCUUGUCAAAGGGGACCGAAUCCCAAAACAAAGUCCACUGCGAAAGCUGACACCAUUUCUGGACAAAGAUGGGCUGCUAAGAGUUGGCGGCCGUAUGUCCUCAACCGAUAUGUCCUUUGAUGAUAAACAUCCUCUGGUGAUUCCCAAGACGCAUAUUGCUACGUUAUUGGUCAGAAAAUAUCAUGAACAGUCUGCACACCAAGGACGUCAUUUCACGGAGGGAGCUAUUAGAUUGGCAGGACUUUGGCUGAUUGGGGGAAAAAGACUUGUAUCUAGUGUGAUACACAAAUGUGUAACUUGCAAAAGGCUGAGAGGUAAAAUGGAGGACCAGAAGAUGUCAGACUUGCCAUCUGAAAGACUUUCACCAGAUCCACCAUUCACUCACGUAGGGUUGGAUGUUUUUGGACCUUGGAUGGUGACUGCCCGGCGAACAAGAGGAGGGCAUGCGGAAAGUAAACGAUGGGCAGUAAUGUUCACUUGUUUGACUACCAGAUCUGUGCACAUUGAGGUUAUAGAGACUAUGACCACUACAAGCUUCAUCAAUGGGCUCAGACGUUUCAUUGCCAUAAGAGGGCCGAUCAAAACAAUCAGAUCAGACCGGGGAACAAAUUUCACUGGCGCCUGUAAAGAACUCAAACUUGAUGCAUCAGAUUCUGAGGUGAGGAGUUACCUUAAAGACAACAAGUGUACUUGGAUAUUCAAUCCUCCCCACUCUUCCCACAUGGGUGGGGUGUGGGAGAGGAUGAUUGGCAUUGCUCGGCGAAUCUUAGAUGCUCUUCUUAUGAAGCUGAAUCCAUCGUACCUCACACAUGAGACACUUGUCACCCUGAUGGCAGAGGUUACCGCCAUUAUAAAUUCAAGACCAUUGGUCUCAGUGUCUUCUGACCCAGAAGCACCGGCAGUUCUCACCCCGUCAAUGUUGUUGACACAGAAAAGAGAUACAUUGACUGCUCCCUCUGGGGAUUUUGAUGUUAAUGAUCUGUCCAAGAAACACUGGAAAAGGGUCCAAGCACUCGCUGAUGCAUUUUGGAAAAGGUGGAAAACGGAGUAUCUGACCACGCUUCAAACACAGAGAAAGUGGACAACAGAGAAGCCAAAUCUUCAAGUGGGCGAUGUUGUACUGAUGAAGGAUUCACAAGUAAAAAGGACUGAGUGGCCUGUUGGACUUGUGAUUAAAGCCUUUCCUAGCCAAGAUCAUAGAGUACGUAAGGUAGAAGUGAAGGUAGUCAAGAAUGGCACUCCUAAAGUGUAUUUGCGGCCAGUGUCGGAGGUUGUUUUACUACUACAUCCAGAGAAAGGGUAGUGGUAUAGUUCAUUAUACCAGGCGGGGAGUGUGCUGCCACUGCUGGGGUGCAGUAGCUCCACCACCCCACUAGGGGGCGGAAGCGGGUUUGUGUACUCAAGUUUCGCUAGUAGAUAUAGGAAAAGUUCAUGGAGUCUGGCUAAGUUGAAACCAGCACACAAAAUAUUAGCUCUGAAGUUGGCUGUACUGGAGCAUGAGAAAUAUAUGCUUUUUUACAGUGCCUUCAUUAGGGAGACAAAUAAACCCUGCAAUGAGAACUGGAAGCCUUUGCCUCUCCUUUUGAAGAACUGUUUAUCUAUCUGCCAAACUGGGCAUCAACGUACAGGGAGGGCAGAAUAAAAUUGUUCUGUAGUUUUGGAUAAGGAUGAAUAAUUAAAGGUCAGAGUGCCGUAAGAUCCAUCAUAUGUAUUUUCACAAAACCAAACAAGUUGCA